AUGGAUCCAUCUCGACAACCCAAUCCUGAAGAAAUCUCGACCAUUGAGAACAUCAUCAACAUCUUAUCCUCCUCGUCUAGUCUUCUCUCUCAAGUCAUGGUCACUGCCUCUAAAAGAAGCAUCAGGAACAACAGCACUGACAACAAUAGUGGCAGUAGUAAUUCCAACAACAAUGAUCAUGAAUAUCUUUUAACUCACAAGCAAUUGGAUAAGAUAUGGAGAGAUCUCAAACAAAUUAUAGUGGCUUUCAACAAACUCAGGGAAAUUAAAGAUGAUGCAGUUGGACCAAGUAAGAGCCUUAAUAGCAGCCUUGAUUACAUCCGCGAGGUAGUUGCAGGACCUUCUACGGAUUUCUCAAUCAAGAAAGUUCAAGCCAAUCUUAGCACACUUAAGGAUGAUGCCAUGAAGUUGAAGUCGAACAUUCCACUGUGGCAACCCAAAAAGUCUAAUAAAAAUUCUGGUGUUAUUCGAUAUUCAAUAUCGAAGUUGAGGAAUGAGAUCAUUAUUGAAGUUGAUGACUUUUCAAGCUUACGCAUGUAUGGGCCGUCUAGUCUUAGAUGGGUUUUCUCUGAAUAUCAGGAGUUAUUUGAGGAGCUUAGUAUUGGGUCGAAACUUUGCUGCUUGUCCUUCACUGUAUUUCCGGCGAAUGUGGUAUUAAAGGGGAGGCUUCUGAUAGAUUGGUGGGUUGGAGAGCGUUUAGUGGAUUUGCAAGAUUCUGGUAACGUUCUUACAGAACUUGUGGUGAAGGGAUUUAUUGAGCCAGUUAAAGAAAGCCACAAACUGGUCGCGGACAGGUUUAAGAUGCAGCCUCUAAUGCACCAUGAGGUUCUAAUGUUUGCCACGGCUGAGUUCUCUGUUAAACAUUUGAAUGGCAUUCAAACUGUAAAUUCUAUACGGUGUAACAGGGCAUUUUUAGUGGAGACCGACUAUGGAAAUUUGGAAUUAAGUCAAUUAACAAAGGAACUUCAUGAUUUAGAUCAGGAAGAACUGCAAACUAUAUUUAAUAUUAAUGAUCCUUUUCCUGAUCAAAGAUUUGAGUUGUUUGCAAAGAGGAAAAAUGUCAACAUUGUGGAUUGGUUUUCAAAGAUGAAAAAUGUCAAUGCUCUUUAUUUGGGAAGGUGGCAAAGCCAGCAUCACAUUGAAGUACAAAGCACUGAGUUCUUAAAAGGGUUGAAGAAUAUGGGCUGUUUAAGGCUUUUAAGCCUACAAGGAAUCUCUAGAAUCAAUGAGCUUCCUAAUUCCAUUGGCAAGCUAAAAAAUUUGAGGAUCUUAGAUCUCAAAGCCUGCCACAAUCUGGAGGUACUUCCGGAUGAGAUAGUUUCACUCAAGAAGCUGUUACGCUUGGAUAUUUCAGAAUGCUACUUGCUAGAUGACAUGCCCAAGGGUCUAGCUUCUCUUUCAGAACUCCAAGUCCUUAAGGGGUUAUUGUUGAGCAAGUUGAGCAUUAAUACAAGCAGCAAGGCUUUCCCCAGAGAAAAAGAGCUACGUGCUUUAGGAGAGAUGAAGGCACUACGGAAGCUAGCAAUAGCAUGGGGUGGCAAAACUACGGAGAAAGAAAAUGCUGAGUUAACUUCAGUGGGUAUCAUAAAGUCAGAUAACAUAGGAGAUAACAAAAGCCAACACAGCAGUGAAGAAAAAUCAACAAGAGGAUCAAACCGACUCAGCAGAAAACUGACAAUGAAUCCUGACGCAGCGGGGCUUCCCACAGGACUAGAGAAACUUGAACUACAGUGCUUUCCUUGCAGUAAUAUACCCAAUUGGCUGAUACACGAAAAUCUGAAGAGCCUAAAGAAGCUUCACAUUAAAGGAGGAAAAAAACUAGAAAAUUUAGGUCCUAAUGUAUGGACAGUAGAGAUUUUACGUUUGAAGUACUUACGUAAAUUUUAUAUGUUCCGGGAUGAACUUCAGAUAUCAUUCCCAAAUUUGCGUUUGUUGGAGAAUGUUGAGUGCCCUGAACUCUCUUCCUGCCCACAAGGAGUGUGGCUGAAUGAGGAGUGUAAGCUAUUCGAUAUGGAUUCACCGCUUUGUUGUUAA